UACGAACUGAACAUCACUUAAAUAAAUUGAAACAGAUACAAAUCACACCAAAAAAAUCCCUCUUGUGAAAUUCAUUAAUUCUUAUUGUUCACCACCACCACCACCACCACCGUCACUUCCGGCCACUAUUUCCGCCCAAUUCCGGCGACGCCAGGCUCCUCUAACACCGAGAAGCCAAGGUGCUUGGACAUCUAAUUGCUGGCAAAAUGCUUUCCUUUGAGAUGAAUGAUCGAAAAAAGAUUGGAUUAGGAUUAACCGGCUUCGGUGUAUUUUUCUCUUUCCUUGGGGUUAUCUUUUUCUUCGACAAGGGAUUGCUAGCCAUGGGAAAUAUCCUGUUUGUUUCUGGAGUGUCCUUAACCAUUGGGCUGAAGUCAACUAUGCAAUUUUUCAUGAAACGAAGUAAUUUUAAGGGAACAAUCUCAUUUGGUAUUGGGUUCUUCAUUCUCAUUUUGGGAUGGCCUAUUUUAGGCAUGAUUAUUGAAGCUUAUGGGUUCAUCGUACUAUUCAGUGGUUUCUGGCCUACGCUGGCUGUUUUUCUACAGAAGAUUCCUGUUCUUGGUUGGGUAAUUCAACAGCCAUACAUCCGAUCGUUUUUUGACCGCUAUAGAGGUAAACGAGUGCCGGUGUAACACGGAAAUUGUUGGAAAUGUUAUGUAACUACUACCAAGCACAUUUGUUAGUCAAUGUAAAGAAAAUAUUCUCAUAUGGGGAUCUAACAUUGUGAAUUUAGAUCAACUUCUGAUGGUAGAAAAUGAUUGUCAUUUUUAUCAUGAUAGUCAUUUAGUGCAAAGGAAAAUUACAGAAGGAAAAGGUUUCGUAAUUUUCACUAUGCUACUUGUUUAGCUCGUUUUGAUUCUAAUGCUUUGUUGAAAAUCAAUGUUCUUGGAGUUGUCACUUUA